AUGAGUACUUUGGCAAUUUCAAGAUGUCCAAUAGUUGUUCGUCAUGAUUUCCCAGAUGAAAUGGUGAACUAUAUUGAUGAAAAGAUGGAUGAAGGACAAUACAAAAAGAGGUUUAGAUAUGAUCGUCCUGACAAAGUAUAAUCAUAUUUUUAAAGUGUUACUAGAAAAAAAGUAAACAAACAAAAUCGAUUCUUAAUAUGAAUUCAUAAGAGAUCUUUUAAAAAAUAGUAAUGGGAAAGAAAGAACCAAAAGAAGAGAGGUUUCGUAUCAAACCGAAAUAAAAAAUUAAUACAACUGCGUUGCAUUCUGCCCUAUUAAAAGUGAAGAAAUAAAAAGAAGAGCUUGAUAUUUGUUUAGCAGUAUAAGAGAAUUUUAUUUAUAGAUUGCAGAUAAAGCUAAAUAAUGUGUGAAUGAAAAUGAUAUUUGUAUGUUAGCAAAUGAAGGAGCAGUUCGAUUUAUAAUGUCUUAAAAUCUAGAUAUAGAUGAAGCUGCAUUAUUAAGGACUAAGAAAGGGAACACUUUUCAUCCUAAACCUAAGAAAUCAUAGUCUGUAAAAUAGGUAAUAAUGGAUGAACCAGAGAAUUUAUUAUCUGUAGAAGGUAGAUCAUACAACAUGGCUGUUUCAACAUCACUUUGUAAACAUAGACCAACUUCUGCAUUUUCAACUAUGAGACCUGUUUCUUCAACUAAAAAUUAUUCUGAAAAAGGUAUAUCAGAACAUUUACUUUAAUAAUAUGCUGAUUUCAGAAAUUAACUGUUUGAAAAAUUGAUAGAUAAUAAUGAAAAUUAAAAUGAAGAAGUAUAAAUAAAUGUUGGAUAUCCAUAAUAUUUAACACCAGCUGUAGGUAUGAAGGGUAGUAGAGUUCCUCCUGGAUUUCUACCAAAAGGAUUAAAAAGAAUUCAUAGUGCAGCUGCUACUCAAAAUAUUGAAUUCAGACCUUUUAUAAAUCCAGGAGAAAUAUUAUUUAAUGAAUAAUAGCAUAUAUCAGCUAAAAGACCAUAGACUGCUAUGAUUAGUAAGAUUUAAUCAACAAGUAGAUUGAAUGAUCAUUUAAAGGUGAUAGAAGAAGUUAGACAUUAAGAGGAUGUAAGAAUGUUUGAUGUAUGAAUAUAUUAGUUGAGUCAAUUAAAAAUGUCACUAGAUUAAUCAUUUAGAGAAUAAUAAUAAACUUUGAAUGUUACAGGUAAAAAAAGAAUCUAAAGCGCCUAUCCAAAAACUAGAAUUUGAUUAUAAUAAUAAUUAGAAUGAUUUAAAAACCAUUUCUUUAUGUAACAAAUCCUGAGACAUUCAUAAUAUACAAAUAUCAAUAUUAAGAUGGAAAAUAUUAAAAGAUUGGACCACAUAUUCCAUAAGAAUUUGAAUUAAUGAAUGUUAGAUAGUAAUAAUAAUAUCGCUAAUGGAAAGCUUUAAAAUUUAUGAUGUGGAGUAUUUUCAAUAAAGAUAAGAUUUAAAAUCCUAUUGAUUUUCGAAUAAUUUUAUGCAGAUUAAUGGAUUUAAAUACAAAUGUACUAUUGGCAGUUGUUAGUACAAUAGGAUUAAGAUAUUUCCUUUUGAAAUUACAAUCUCCAUUUAUGGAUUACUAUUUUGAAGAUAGGCUAAUAACAUUUCCAAAACUCAAAAAGUAAUCAAUUAUAAUAUAUUUUAGAGGCUUAGCUUAUUCUUACUUUGGUUUUGCAUUGUAUUUUGGAGUGAAGAGUGUAAUAAAUUAAGAACAUAUAUUUGAUUUAAGUUUGGAGUAUGAGUGAUUAUUAUUAUAACAUUUCUGUUAAAUGAGAGUUACAGUUGCGCCAUUAUAAAUCUCAAGAUCAUUGCCUCCAGUUCCCUUGCCAGUUAUGGCAACACCAGUAAUGGUUGAUAGAGGUACUACUAAUCUAUAGAUCUUUCAUAGUCGUUAACAUUCAUCAUUCACAAGUAUUUCACACUGAUUCACCAUUAAAAUAACAAAGUGAAUAGAAAUUGAAAUAAUUGGAAUCAAGAGUGUAAAAUCUAGAAAGUCAAUCUCCAAAUAAGGGUAAGGUUGAAAAACUACUUGAAGAAAAUGAAAAAUUGUUGCAGUUGGUUCGUGAGAAGACUGAACAUGCUUCAAAAUAUAAAGGGGAAUUACUUACUGCUAAAAAGGAAAUCACAAAGUAAUCUAAUUAUCUAUAAUAUUAGGUUGAAGAAAGUAUUAGAUUUGAAAGAGGAAGCAUUAACGGAUAUGAGAAUAAAAAGUUAGAGUAGGAGUAUAUCAAGAGCUAGUGAUAGAAAGGUUGAAUAGAUAAUUUAAGAGAAAUAACUACUUGAAUAAUAAUAUACUCGUGAAAAAUAAUAUUUGGAAAAUCAAAUAAAUUAGCUAAAAGAAGUCAUAGAAUCAUAAUCAUCUUAAAAUCAAUCUUUCUAAAAUAUAGAUUAUCAAUAGUAAUAUAAUUCUAAUCCUAACUAAUAAAUUGAAUUAUUUGGUCAAUAACCAUCAUAAUCAGGUUAAAUAAUUAGAGGUAGUUAAAAAAGUAUUAAAAAGCCUUAAUCAUCAAAUCAAAUCUAAUUUGAUGUUCCUGAAUUUACUAAUUUUUAAUCUAGGAAUCCUUAAGGUUAAGAUCAUCUUAGAAAGCUUUCAUCAACAUUUUAGGAUAAGGAUUAAAAAUAAAUUUCCCCAAUAAAAAAUGAUUAUGAUUAACCUUUAGAAUCAGUCUAACAUUCUAAACGUUAAUCAUAUAAGCAAUCUGAUAUCUAAAGAUAAAAUAUCAUACCUAAUGAAGUAGAAGGAAAUGCUUAAGAUUAACGUGGUAUUAGAAAAGAUCAUUAAAGAUAAUAAUCAUAUAAAUAGCCUGAGUAAGUUCAAAGAAAAUCUAUAUCACCAACAUAUGAAUAAUCAUAAUAAGAUUAAUAUAAUUCAAUUAGAUAAAAUUAAAGAUAAUAGUCAUAUAAAUAAGGUGAUGUUUAAAGAAAAUCUAUCUCUCCUAAUUAAGAUGAAGCUGUAAUAGAAUUAAGAGGAGGUACACGAUAAGAUCAUUCAAGAUAACCAUCAUAUAAAUAACAAAUUCCAGUUUAAGAAUAAUAACGUAAUAUUCAUAGAAAGCAAUCUAGUACAAUGGAAUAAUAUUAAGUUUAAAUCUAUUAAUUGAAUGAUGAAUUACUUUAAGCUAGACAUUAAGAAGAUGAAUUGAAAUCUUAGAUUAAUCUAUUAAAUUAAUAGCUUUAAGAACAUAAAUUAAUGGUAGAUAAUUUGUAAUAAGAUUAGAAGAAAUAAUAGGAAUAGAUUGCUAAAUAUAAAUAAGAUUUAUAAAAUUAAAAUUAAGAAUUAUAGAAAUAGUUAUCAAGUAAUAAGGAUUUAUAAUUAUAACUUUAAAAGUUAUAACGUAAUACUGAUUCUUAAAAUAAAUUAUAAGAUUAAAAGUUAUAAGAACAUUUAAGAAAAUAACAAAUUUUAGAAAAGUAAUUAGAAGAAUCUAAUUAAAUUAUAGAGAAGCUAGAAUAAGAAAACUAAAGUAUUUCACAUAAAUUUGAAUAAGAAAAAGAUGAUUUAAUCAAAGAGUAUGAAGAAUAAUUAGAAUAGAAAUAAUAAGAACUUAUAGAAUUGAAUUAAUCUGCACUUUUGGAGAAAACAUCAAAGGUUGAAUUUGAAAUUUAAUUAAAUCAACUUAAAUAAAAAGAAGCUAAUUUUAACUCUGAAAUAGAUAAAAUACGCAAAUAGAAAGAUUUAAUGAAAGCCUAGUUAGAAGAAACUCAAAAAAGUCUUAAUUAAGCCAAAAUAUAAAUUAGUCAAAUAGAAUCAGAACAUACAGCCUAAGUAGAAUUAAGGGAACAAUUAGAAACUAAUUAUGCAAUUCUAUAAAAGGAAUAUGGAGAAUUUAAAGAGAAUUCUAUAUCUUAAUUUAAUAGUAAAAUGAAUAGUUAUUAAUAAAAGGCUUAAUUGGAGUAUGACAAAUUAAAAAAAUAGAGUUUAUAAUAAUAAUCAGAAUUAGAGAAAAUAUAUCUAGAGAAAUCAGAAUUAGAAUAGGAAUUGAAUAAUACUCAAUAGGAUUUGGGACAUUAAUAUUAGGAAGUAACAUAAUAAUUAUAAAGUGCAAAGUAAACUAUAAAUGAAUAGAAAAAGUAAAUAAAAUAAUUAGGAUAAUAGAAUUAAUAAUUAAGUUAGGAUCAUUAAGAAUUAUCAGUACAUUAUUAAUAAUAAGAAAGUGAAUUAAAUUAAUUAAGAUAAGAAUUUUAAACUUAAUAAGAUUAAUGUUAAUCACUUCGAUUUGAUAUUUCAAGAAUUUAGAUUGAUAAGGCAUAAAUGGAAUCAGCAAAUAAAUAACAAAGAUAGAUGGAUUAAUUAAUGUUAGAAAAUGAUUCAAUUUUGCAUACUAAUGAACAAUUAUAAACUGAUCGUAAUUAAUUAUCUGAUACUCUUUAAUAAAAGGAGAGUGAAAUUGAAAGACAGAAAAAGAAGAUAGAUCAAUUAAAAUAAUUAAAUUAAUAAAAUAUUGAAUAAAUUAAAAAAUUAUAAGUAGAAUUAUCAGAGAAAGAGGUGAUAGCUGAAAAAUGUUAAAGUGAAUUCAACAAUUUUUAAAGAGAAUUAUAGAUAUUGAGAAAGGAAAAUGAGAGAUUGUCAUCAGAUACAUAAAAAUAUGUUGAAUAACUUGAAUAAGAGAAAAUGAAUUCAAGUAAGAAACUUGAUCAUUUGUAAUCUCAAUUACAAUAAUAAAUUCAACAGAGAGAUUAAGAAUAUGAAGAUUUAGAUAAAUCAAGUAGAUCAGCCUUUGUUGAAUUAUAAUCUCGAAAGUAAGAAGCUACUUAAUAAUAAAGAAGAUUAGAAUAAUAGAAUGAUCUUAUUAAAUAAUUGAGUGAAUAAUUAGAGAAAGUUUCUUAAUAAAAUAAAAAUUUAUUAAAUGAUUCAUAAUUGAACAAGUAAUAACUUGAACAAUAACAAUAAGAAUUUGAAUUCACUAUUAAAGAUCUAUAAGCAAAUCUUUAGAAAUAAUAAUAUAUUCAAGAUGAAUUAUAAAAAGAUAUUUAGAAAUAAAAAUUAUAAGAAGCUAAAUAAAAAGAAGCUAAUGAUAUGGAAAAAGAAAAAAUGAAUUAAAUAAUGUUAAAGUUGGAAGAAAAGUUUGAGUAACACAAAAAUGAUACAGCAGCUGAUUAAUAAGAAUAUUAAAUAUUUAAAUAGACAAAUUCAUAAUUAAAUAGUGAAUUAGAAAGAAUUAGAGGAGAAAAUGCUGAUUUACAUGAAAUAGUUAUAUAACUUUAAAAAGAAAAUGUUUCAUUAAGGGAUCAUCAUUAAUAAAUGAUUUCUUAAAUUGAAGAAAAUCAUCAGGCAACUGAGAGGUUAAGAACAUUAUGUUAAUAAUAUGAAUAAGAAGUUAUUUUAUUAAGGAGAUAGGUAAUUAUUUUAAUAUUUAUAUCUUUUUAGCCUGACCAAGGACUAUAUGAAUAACCAAAGGCAGGAUUUAUAAAGACAAAGAAUAGUAAGAGAUUAGAGGAUAUGGAGAGAGAUAACAUUAAUUAAUAAAAGGAGAUUUAGAGAUUAAAAUCAAUAAUUGAUGAAUUUUAGAAUAAUUAAAAUUAUAAUUCAACUCCAACACCAGAAAGAAAAUAGUUUAAUUAGUCAUAAAGUUUGUCAUAAAAAAAACACUUGUUUGAAUAAAAACCUAAAUCUAUUGAUAACACAAUAAGAAAAUAAUUAUAAUGA